AUUUAUGACUUUAAAACCAACGUGGGUUUAUGUGUAUUUAUAUUUCUAUAAGGAUGUAAGAAAAUGAUAUUUUUUAUAUAAAAUGAUACAAUGUUAAUAUUAUCGUUAUUAUUAGCAUACAAUGCAAUAAUGAUAUUUCCUUUGGUGUCUACACACAGUGAGACUAUUAAGAACGAAGAAGAAUGUAAAAUAGCGGAUUUAUGUGUUCACGAUAAAGUACCAAUGUGCGGUAUCGAUUCUUGCGGGGAAAUGAGGACGUUCAUAGACGCAUGCGACAUGCAUGAAUUUAACUGCGACAGUAAGAAAGAUUUCAAGCAAAGGCCUAUUCACGAAUGCUGGGUCACUUGUAAAAGAGGACGCUCGUUCAAGAAACCGGAAUUCCGAACUGAUUGUAACAUAAACGUCAAAAAUAGAUUAUAAUAAAUAAUAAAAGUAUAAUUUUUUA